UGCGGGCACGAGCCAGCUGCUGCGGAGCCAAGGGCGCCAGGCAGCGACUGAGAGCAUGGCCUCCCGGGACCCGCCGCCCGCCACCACCUACGCCCCGACCGACGUGCCUUCGGGGGUCGCGCUGUUCCUCACCAUCCCCUACGCUUUCUUCUUGCCUGAGUUGGUGUUCGGGUGCUGGGUCUGGAUCCUGGUGGCCGCCGCUCAGGUAGCACAGCCGUUGCUGCAAGGAUGGGUGAUGUACGUCUCGCUCACCUCGUUCCUCAUCUCCUUCAUGUUCCUGUUGUCUUACUUGCUUGGAUUUUACAAAAAAUAUGAGUCCUGGAAAGUCCUGGACAGCCUGUACCACGGGACCACCGCCAUCCUGUACAUGAGUGCGGCCGUCUUGCAGGUGCACGCCACGAUCGUCUCUGAGACCCAGAACUUGACCAACUACUUCAUCAACACCACAGCCUCACUCUUUGCCUUUAUCACCACCCUGCUGUACAUUCUCCACGCCUUCAGCAACUAUUACCACUGAAGGGUCCGGGAGCCACGCGGCCGCGAGAAAGGCCCUUUCAGAACCUGGGUGAUUGGCUCCCAAAAGUGAUCUUCAACAUCUGCCAUCUGGGUGAUAAACAGAAGAUCAACAAAAACAUCAAUGAGAUUGACAGACCAUCUUUUCAAACUGAAUGAUGAAGCCACACUCUGGCACAUCUGUUUGGACGUUUUAAUUCAUUAUGAUGAAUAUGAAAAACUUUGUUUUUACUUUUUUUUUUGGCCUGGAAAAGUACCUGUCUCUUGGAAUUAUCUGACAAUGAAACUCCAUCUUCUAGAAAACUAAUUCCUGCCCUCACCGUUGAGGCUCCCAGACCAGCCACCGUGUCCCCACCUGUGGCUUCCGCCUCAGCAGCGAGGUUCCCUGUGGCAGGUUUGUGGGAACAUCCAGCCUCACUUUCUUAAAAUCGAAAUGGUGCCGUCGAUGCCUCCAGAUCCAAAGAAGAUCCACGGAUCUGCUCCUGCUCCAGGCUCUGCCUCUGCUCUGGAGAGUGGUCCAGACCCCUCCCCAUCCCAGAGAUGCUGCCGGGGAGGAGCACACUGCCAUCCCCCGCUCCACUUCCCUGCCCUUCCCUCCCCAGCUCUGAGAUCCAAGGGAAACCUGCAUAAAGUCAUCUGAGGGUAGAUUUGUGGGGAAAAUAAGUGAUUGACUACAAAAUUGUCAGACAGUAAGACCUGGGGAGGGGUGAGGGGACAGACGUGUGACCUGCUUCUCCAUAAGUCAGACCUCUCAGAGAACUGCAGGGCUGUGGACGCCUGUGUGAGGCCUCCAAGUGCCCACCCCGUAAGGACUAGAGCCACCUUGUCCCUCAGACAAGACCCUCAAGGAAGGAGGCAGGACGUCGCGUGCAAGGAUUCUCCUCUGGGCUCCUGUCACCACGUGGGACAUCUCAGGAGGCUGGACAGGACCCCACCCCAGAUCCGCACUCUUCUGUGUGUGCCCACUCCCCUCCGCCCCAUUGAGUGGGGCCUGGGACAAUCAGCGGCCUCAUGCGUGAGGGGCUCACAGGGUUCUGGACCCGGGCAGGUGUUUGCCCUUUGGGGCCGUUCUCAAGGAAAGGCUGGCGUUGUGCGCACAGAAACACAACAUCGAGGUGCUUGGUUCAAAGUCACUGUUCUCCAGCAGAAGGCUGUGCUCUGCCGUUUGUCCAGCUGUGCGGGGCUCCAGCCCCUGGUCCUCGGUCUCUGUGCUGGGGCUCCUGACCCUGGCCGGUCGGGCACAGCCCCGUGACCGCAGGUGCUGCUGUUGUUCUGAAAUGAAAUAAAUUAUUACGUGGAGGAGA